GAUUUGACGUACCAGAGCAGCAGAGGCUAAAGCGGAUAGCCAAACAAGAAGCACAAUAUUUUGCUACACCUCAAAGCAGCCAUGCACAAAGUGUCGGAAACGGAUCGCCGCGGUGUUGUCGAUUUUGAAGAGUAAUAUUCUCUCAUUCGUCCAGUGUCAGUUGUCGAUGAACGUAUAGCGACUAUUAGGCGCUGUAAAAGGAAACAAUAAUAAUCAAACGGCACGGAAGGAACACAAACACAAGAAAAGCGUCUGCUCUACCCUUUUUCAUCCAUGCAUGUCUCAACAUCAGAGGUUUAAACACCAUGUCCUGCUCUGGCAACCUCAUUUGGGAUGUGCGAAAACGCACUAUUGGAUGCACAGAUCCAUAUGCGGUCAGGACAAAUUAUUUAGGCAGAAGAGAGUUUGUGCAACGACUGAAGCUCGAAGCCGUUCUCAGUGUGCACGAUGGAUGUGUUAACACCAUAUCCUGGAAUGACACAGGAGAAUACAUCUUAUCAGGUUCCGAUGACACUAACUUGGUUAUCACAAAUGCUUACAACAGAAAGGUAAAGACAACUAUUCGUUCAGGACACCGGGCCAACAUCUUCAGUGCAAAGUUCAUGCCCCACACUAACGAUCAACAGAUUGUGUCCUGCUCAGGAGAUGGCAUCAUUUUCUACACCCACACAGAGAAGAGCCAAGAAAUCAACAGGCAGUGCCAGUUCACCUGCCACUAUGGCACUGCUUAUGAGAUAAUGACAGUGCCAAAUGACCCAUAUACCUUUUUGUCCUGUGGAGAAGAUGGUACAGUGAGGUGGUUUGACAUGCGGAUGAAGACGAGCUGCACAAAAGAGGACUGUAAAGAUGACAUUUUGAUUAAUUGCCGGAGAGCCGCUACCUCAAUAUCCAUUUGCCCCCUGGUCCCCUACUAUCUCGCUGUGGGCUGCUCAGAUAGCUCAGUGAGGAUCUAUGACAGAAGAAUGCUGGGAACAAGAGCUACGGGUAACUACAUGGGCAGAGGGACGAUCGGCAUGUGUGUACGUUUCGUCCCAGCGCACCUGUCCACCAAAUCCUGCCGCGUCACCUCUCUGUGUUACAGUGAAGAUGGACAAGAAGUGCUGGUCAGUUACUCCUCUGACUACAUCUACCUGUUUGACCCCAAAGAUGACCAGGCCAGGGAGCUCAAGGGCCCUUCUGCAGAGCGGCGAGAGGAGCUGAGGCAGCCCCCGGUCAAGCGCUUGCGUCUGAGAGGCGACUGGUCAGACACAGGACCACGCGCUCGGCCUGAGAGCGAGAGGGAGCGUGAUGGAGAGCAGAGUCCAAAUGUAUCGCUCAUGCAGAGGAUGUCGGACAUGUUGUCACGCUGGUUCGAGGAGGCUAGUGAGGCCCAGAGCAGCAGACCACGUCCUCAAACUCGACCCAGAGGUACGUCAGCUCGACCAGAAGGGACAUUUGCGACCUCAGAAACACACACUCAGGCACAGGAGCCCACUGAGGUCUCAGCUGAAGGAGCGAUGGAGGUGGAGACACCCUCCUCUGAUCCUCCGCCUACACCUGCUGCUCCUCCUGCACCUGCAGAGCCUCUCCCCAAGUCUAUCUCCUGUUCCUCCUCAGGCUCCUCCUCCACUGUGACAGCCCCUGCCCCCUCCAGCUCAUCCUCCAUGGAAAGUGCUGCCUCCUCCUCUCUCCUCUCCUCCCCAGACACAGAGCAGAGGAGCCAGGAUGAAGUUACGCUCACUCCCUCGGCCACGCCCACUCCUUCAGCCACACCCACCCCAUCUAGAGAGGCAGCUUUAUCUGAAUAUGGUCCUCGCAGGCUGCCGGUAAGUUUAGUGUGUAGAGGUUUGCAGAGACUGCUUCUCUUGUCUGACCCCCCUGGACAGGGCAGACGCUCAGUCCCUUCUGUACCUGCGACCUCCAGCCCAGAGAGCUCAGCCCAACAGGCUGCUGCUGCUGACGCGUGCCCCCCUGCAGAUUCUCCCUCAUCUGUGGUAAACAAACAGCUUGGAUCCAUGACUCUGGAUGAGGAGCAGGGAGGUGCAGAAGCAGCAGGACAUGUAAUCAGUGAUCAAAAUACAGGUGUCAGUGAAGCUUCCCCAGACACUACAGAAACUGUGCUAUCCACAUCAGCGCCUUCACUUGGCACCAGCCCUGGCAACAGCAGCAGGAGCGGCAGCUCUCCUCCAGGGCUUGGGCGGACUGGCACGGCAGAACCGGUCCUUAGUCUGCACUACAGCACUGAAGGCACCACCACUAGCACCAUCAAACUGGAUUUCACGGAUGAAUGGAGCAGUCCAACGUCCGGUGCAAAAGGCAGCAGUGGAGGACAUAAGCCUGGGGAGGUGAGUGAGAGCCAGACCAGAGAGGAGCCCACAGGACAAACCUCAGAGCAAAGUUCAAGCUCACCCUCAGAGAGUCAACCCACACCCGAUGGGGGCCAAACUGCAGACAGUGGCACAGAAAAGACCUCCAUCAGCUCUCAAAACAGCACACCACUGGCGGCACCACCAGAGGGCCUGUCUACUGAAGACACGGCUCGUCCCAGCGCUCCUUCAGAGGAGCUCCAGGCUGCUGGUUCGGGGGAGCUGAGUGAGCGGUGCAGGAGGAGCGAGACCGCAGGAACGGGUGGUCAGGGUUCGACUCAACCAUCCCGCAAUCAGGACUCUGAUGACAGCGACGACGACCCCAUCCUUAUCCCUUCAGCCAGAUUUAAUUACAGAGGAUCAGCUGUAGGUGAUAGGAUGAUAAGACGCUCCGCCGCGGCUCGGAUCCAGGAGCUGUUCCGCAGGAGAAAAGAACGGCGAGAGAUGGAAGAGAGUGAAACUCAGAAUAUCAGGAGACCCUCUGUCAAGAUGAUGUACAAGGGCCACCGCAACUCCAGGACCAUGAUUAAGGAGUCGUGUUUCUGGGGGAAUAACUUUGUGAUGAGCGGCUCGGAUUGUGGCCAUAUCUUCAUCUGGGACAGACACACGGGAGAGCACCUGAUGCUGCUGGAGGCCGACAACCAUGUGGUCAACUGCCUGCAGCCUCACCCUUAUGACCCCAGUGAGCAAAACAUACCUAAAAACAAUAGACGGAGAACCAAUAAAGAUUUUAACAGAGUCCUUGCCGAAGAGGUGAUUGCUCGUAAUGAGUUAAUGCUGGAAGAGACGAGGAACACCAUCACUGUUCCUGCUUCCUUCAUGCUCAGAAUGCUGGCAUCAUUAAAUCACAUCAGAACAGACCGUGUGGAGGGUGAUCGUUCAGAAGGCUCUGGACAAGAGAACGAGGAUGAACAGUAGCCCUCCUGCUACAAGUGAAUGUUUUUUUGCUACAGUGCACUUGAGCAUUUGAGAUUUGUACAAGUUACAAAAUAGAGUAUUUCCUUAUUAGUUCAGUUUUUGGCAUUAUUAUUUUUUAAUGAGACUUUUCUUACUAAUUACUCUAUAUGAGAGUAAACUGCGUCUGGGGAGUUCAUGCAAACAAGAUAUGUAAGAAAUCGAAAGAUGUGACUGGACAGCUGGUGUUUGAGAGUAUUUAAGUGCAAUAUUAAUUUGUUAAAUCAAACAGUUGAGCUUUGAGCGGUGUUAAGUGUGAAAUCUUAUUGUAGCCUCAAAUGAAAAACUCAGAUGUUUGUAUACCAGGAAUUAUGCAUGUCAAGCUUGAGUUUGCUAAAAACAUACCCUUCUCUAAGUCUUUACCAAUGUUGUGUAUAAAAAUGGCUUUUUUUUUUGUCAUUACUAAAUCUUGCGUUGCACAGGGAUCUUCUGCCUAACCCCAAUUUACAGGUACUACUUGCAAUAUUUCAUUAUCCAAAACAGCCAAUACACAUUGUUACACUGCAGAAUGUUUAUAAAAGUUUAUUAAAAUGAGAACUGUUUUUGACUCCGUCUAUACAUAAAACCCACUGCUGUCUAGCCAAAUGGUUCUAGCGUUAGUUGGCAGGUCAUGUUUCUCUCUCCUAACAGCACAGAUGGCCUUUGUUGUGGCAGCUGUUGACUUGAGCAUUCUGCUAAGUGACUAGUGAUCGCUGGGAAAAGCUAAGAUGAAAUAUCUCCUCGUCUAUUAGCAUGCCAUUCUAUGCUAAACUCAUUCAGCACUGUUAAGGAAUGCAAGCCAUCUUUUUAAAUGUUUGUCCACAGAUUUUCAGAUUGAGUUCCGGUUCCUUUUCAAACCAUGUACCAGAGGACAGUUUAAACAUUAAAUGUGUUGUGAUUCAAACAAAACAUGACUGAAAGCUUGAGUACCCAUAAAAAAAUUAUUAACAGUACAAAUAAAAAUAAA